UCUGCAAAUAAUCAAAUACUUUUUAUCUUCUUAUCUAUAAGAAAAAAAAUUGACUUGUCGAUUCAACGAAAUGUAGUUGCCCUUAUAAUACAACAAAAUCUGUUGGAGCUCGCUAUGAUCGAGAUGAGGAAACAAAGUGGCCCUCCUGGAUUACAAGAAGUUACAUAUGUGAGUAACAGAGAAGGAGAAUUUAAACCACAAGCUGCAGACAAGAAACGGGACACUUUAUUUCUUCAUUUUUCAAUAAUAUCCGUAUGUUUAGUUGUUAUGAGUGGCGCUUCAUCACAAACAUGGUCAUCCCCAGUAAUACCAAAACUCAAAUCAAACGAUACAAGUAUCAAUCCACUUAUAGAACCAGCGACCACUUUGCAGAUAUCAAUAAUGAUGGGAUUACCAUCUUUAACCAGUCUUUUUGGAACCUUUUUAGCUCCGUUUUUAUCUGAUAUGUUCGGUAGGAAGAAGAUGCUACAAUUUUGUGGGGCAUGUAUGCUUUUAUGCGAUUUUAUCAUCGCUUUCUGCGAUCAUAUAAUUUAUAUAAUAAUUGCAAGAUGUAUUUUAACAUUGUUUUUUAUGGGUAGCGUAUCUAUUUUAGUGAUUCUUGUCAUUGAAAUGUGUGAAAGUCAUAACAGAGCAAAAUUCGGAUGUUUUUUCGGCUUUUUUCUUUCAUUAGGAACCCUCUACAGUUACGUAUUUGGUCCGAUGUUUAGUGUUAGAAUCUUCACAUUAGUCACGAGUAUACCGUUAAUCGUCUGGAUUAUAGUCUCAUUUUUUACCGUCGAGACUCCUGUAUAUUUAUUAUCAAAAAGACGUACCAAAGAAUGUUUACAAGCCUUACAAAAACUCAGAUCUAACAAAACUAGAAAUGAAAUUCAAAAAGAUUUUGACGAAAUAGAAGAUAGUAUAAAACAAAGACAAAGCUUUAAAAACGCUACGAUUUUCUCACUGUUUAAAACGAAAGAGACUCGAGUGGGGAUCGGAUUGGCAAUGAUCCCUACAUUAAUACAUUCUGGCUGCGGAGCAACCGUAAUGUUGUCUUUUUUGGGGCCCAUAUUCAAUGAGGCUGAGUCUGGCUUAUCUGGAAACCUGGUUGCUAUUAUUGUAGGUGUAUUAAAGAUUUUCACAGUUUUUAUUACUACAAUUGUUGUUGAAAAUUUUGGUAGAAGAACUCUCUUGUUAUUUUCUACUUUAGGUUGUGCAUUAUCGCAAUUGGUUAUUGGUUUGUUCUUUUAUUUUAAAUAUAUUGACUCGCCAAUUACACCAUAUAUUAAGCUGUUUCCAGUUAUAGCAGUUGUUGCUUAUUUUAUUUUCUAUUGUAUCGGAUUAGGUCCUCUACCACCUACAAUAAAUAGCGAACUAUUUACAUCCGAGUUCAGAUCUGUAGCUAUAUCCAUUUUGAUAACCGAGUUAAAUAUUCUCAUGUUCUUGUUGACCGCUGCAUUUCCGCUUUUGGCCAGAUAUGUUGGAUUACAUUGGAGCUUUUGGUUCUUUAGCUUAUUUUGUUUCAUUGGAGGUGCCGUUAUAUAUGUUAUGUUACCGGAAACGAGCGAUGCCCUUAUAUUACAACAAAAACUGUUGGAACUCGAUAUGGUCGUGAUGAAGAAACAAAGUGGCCCUCCUGGACUACAAGAAGUUACAUAUGUGACUAACAAAGAAGGGGAAUUUAAACUACAAGCUGCAGACAAGAAACGGGAUAGUUUAUUUCUUCAUUUUUCAGUAAUAUCCGUAUGUUUAGUUAUUAUGAGUGGCGCUUCAUCUCUAGCAUGGCCAUCCCCAGUGAUACCAAAAUUAAAAUCAAACGAUACAAGUAUCAAUCCAUUGAAAGAACCAGCGACCACGUUGCAGAUAUCUAUGAUGAUGGGAUUACCGACUUUGGCUAGUCUUUUUGGAACCCUUCUAGCUCCGUUCUUGUCUGAUAUGUUCGGUAGGAAGAGGAUGUUACAAUUAUCUGGAGCGUGUAUGCUUUUAUGCGAUGUUGUCAUCGCUUUCUGCAAUAAUAUAAUUUAUAUAAUAAUCGCAAGAUGUAUUUUCAUGUCGUUUUUUAUGGGUAACAUGUCUAUUUUAAUGAUUUUUGUUAUAGAAUUGUGCGAAAAUCAUAACAGAGCCAAAUUCGGUUGUUUUUUUGGCUUUUUUCUUCCAUUAGGAAGCCUGUAUAGUUAUGUAUUUGGUCCUAUGUUUAGUGUUAGAAUUUUCACGUUAGUCACAAGUAUACCUUUAAUCUUCUUUGUUAUAUUCUCAUUUUUUAUUGUUGAGACUCCGGUAUAUUUAUUAACAAAAGGACGAUUUAAAGAAAGUUUACAGUCCUUACGAAAACUCAGAUCUAACAAAACUAGUAAUGAAAUACAAAAAGAUUUUGAAGAAAUAGAAUUUAGUUUGAAACAAAGACAAAGCGUUAAAAACGCUACGAUUUCCUCACUGUUUAAAACGAAAGAGAGUCGAGUGGGGGUAGGAGUGGCAAUGAUCCCUACAUUAGUACAUUGUGGCUGCGGAGCAACGGUAGUGGCGUCAUUUUUAGGGCCCAUAUUUAACGAGGCGGACACUGGCUUAUCUGGAAAUAUGGUAGCUAUUAUUGUAGGUAUAUUAAAGAUUUGCACCGUUUUUAUUACUACAAUGGUUGUUGAAAAUUUUGGUAGAAGAACUCUUUUAAUAUUAUCUUCAUUAGGUUGUGCAAUAUCGCAAUUGGUUAUUGGUUGGUUCUUCUACCUCAAAUACAUCGACUCGCCAAUUAUACCAUAUAUUAAGCUAUCACCAGUUAUAGCAGUAAUGGUUUAUUUUAUUUUUUUUAAUAUCGGAUUGGGUCCUCUGCCACCUACAAUAAGUAGCGAACUCUUUACAUCUGAGUUCAGAUCUGUAGCUAUAUCGAUUAUAGUAACCGUGUUGAGUCUUAUUCUUUUCUUGUUAACCUCUGGAUUUCCACUAUUGGCCAGAUAUGCUGGAAUACAUUGGAGCUUUUGGUUUUUUAGCUUAUUUUGUUGUAUUGGAGCUGCCGUCAUAUAUGUUACGUUACCGGAAACGAGAGGUAAAAGUAUUGUGGAAAUUCAAGAAGAAUUAAAAAAUUAUAAAUUUAGUUUUAAGUCACGUGACACAUUUAAAUCUAAUAAAUAAAGAAUGGAAUUUUAAUUCA